AUGACUGAAAAUUCCAGUCACAAGCAACUCAUCUACCUUCAUGGCGAUUUAGAUUUGUUCAUAGUAGAAGCCAGAUCUUUACCAAACUUGGAUGCUAUCUCCACAAAUGUCCGCCAAUGCUUCAGUGUUUGCAUCCCUACUUCCACCACCACUACCGCUGACCACCGUGACCGCCGCCGCCGUCGCCACCCCCGUGAUGCCGAUAAGAAAAUCCGCCACCACCGUAACAUAGUCACAAGUGAUGCUUAUGUCACAGUGGUUGUUCCUCAGGUGACCCUCGCUCGCACGCGCGUGUUGAAGAAUGCGACAAACCCCAUUUGGGAGCAAAGGUUCAAUAUCCCAUUAGCUCAUCCUGUUAAAGAUAUUGAAUUUCAUGUCAAAGAUAAUGAUUUGUUCGGUGCGGAGUUGAUAGGGAUUGCGAAGAUACCCGCAUCAACAGUUGUGUCAGGAGAGGAUAUUAAGGAAUGGUUUCCUAUAAUUGAUGCAUCAGGGAAAUCACCAAAGCCUGACACAGCUCUUUAUUUGGAAAUGAAAUUCACACCUUUUGAGAAAAACCCUUUAUACAAGAAUGGAUUUGGAGGUGAGCCUGAAGUGAAAGGGGUGAGAGAUACUUAUUUUCCAGUCCGAAAAGGCGGCCAUGUGAGACUGUAUCAAGAUGCUCAUGCGAAGGAUCAUGACUUGCCUGGGAUUGAGAUUGAUGGAGGGAAGGUCUAUAAGCAGGAGAAGUGUUGGGAGGAUAUUUGUUAUGCAAUAUCUGAAGCUCAUCAUUUGAUUUAUAUCGUUGGCUGGUCUGUUUUUCACAAGAUUAAAUUGGUCAGGGAGCCAACUAGGCCAUUGCCAAGAGGUGGGGAUUUGACACUUGGGAAAUUGUUGAAGUACAAGAGUGAGGAAGGUGUGAGAGUUUUGUUGUUGGUUUGGGAUGAUAGGACUUCUCAUGACAAAUUUGGGAUUAAAACAGUAAGGAGGCAUAUGCAACUUCUUUUGGCAGGAGUUAUGGCAACACAUGAUGAAGAAACCAGGAGGUUCUUCAAGCAUUCAUCUGUCACUUGUGUGUUGGCACCUCGAUAUGCCAGCAAAGCACAUGCAGCUAGGAAGAUAACUGCAUUUAUUGGAGGUAUUGAUCUCUGUGAUGGACGGUAUGAUACUCCUGAGCAUCGAUUGUUUCAUGGUCUCAACACUGUCUUCGAGGGUGAUUUCCACAAUCCAACAUUUCCUGCUGGAACUAAGGCACCUAGGCAACCUUGGCAUGACUUGCAUUGUAGAAUUGAUGGGCCUGCUGCAUAUGAUGUUCUUAUAAACUUUGAGCAGCGUUGGAGGAAAGCAACAAAGUGGAAAGAGUUGGGACUGCGUUUCAAAAGAACAUCUCAUUGGAGUGAUGACUCAUUAAUAAAGAUAGAACGGAUUUCAUGGAUACAAAGUCCUCCCCUUUCUGAAACAAAAGCUGGAACGACAAUAGUUCCAGGGGAUGAUCCCACUGUAUAUGUUUCCAAUGAAGAAGACCCUGAACAUUGGCAUGUCCAGAUUUUUAGGUCCAUUGACUCGGGAUCGUUGAAAGGAUUUCCCAAAACUAUUGAUGAGUGUCAGGAUCAGAACCUAGUUGUUUCUAAGGAUCUGGUUGUAGAUAAAAGCAUUCAAACAGCAUACAUACAAGCCAUCAGAUCUGCUCAGCAUUUCAUAUAUAUUGAAAAUCAGUAUUUUCUUGGAUCCUCAUAUGCAUGGCCAUCAUAUAAGGAUGCAGGAGCUGAUAAUCUAAUCCCAAUGGAGUUGGCAUUAAAGAUUGUUAGUAAAAUUAGAGCCAAGGAGAGGUUUGCAGUAUAUGUUGUUAUACCAAUGUGGCCUGAGGGUGAUCCAAAGACUAGCACCGUCCAAGAAAUUCUCUUUUGGCAGUUGGAUUUGAUUGCUAGCCAGACAAUGCAAGCAAUGUAUGAAAAAAUUGCACAGGAACUUAAAUCAAUGGAUCUUGUAGAUUCACAUCCUCAAGACUACCUCAAUUUCUAUUGCAUUGGCAAACGGGAAGAAAUUCCCCAAGAAUUGUCAAGUGCUAAUGGUGGACCGAUAUUGAACACUGCUUUGAAGUAUAUCAAUCUUGCAGCAGUAGUGUUGGCUAUCUUUGAAGUCUCCGAUGCUUUUAAAUUUCAGCGGUUCAUGAUUUACGUCCACGCAAAGGGAAUGAUAGUGGAUGAUGAGUUUGUGAUAGUGGGAUCUGCAAAUAUUAACCAGAGAUCCAUGGCUGGAUCAAAAGACACUGAGAUAGCUAUGGGUUCAUAUCAACCCCAUUAUACAUGGACUACAAAGAAGAAACACCCACGUGGACAGGUUUAUGGAUAUAGAAUGUCACUAUGGGCGGAGCAUCUUGGUGGGAUAAAUGAACUUUUCUUGGAGCCUGAGAAUUUGCGUUGUGUGAAGAAAGUAAAUAACAUUGCCGAGGAAAACUGGAAGAAAUUCACAGAUCCGAACUUCAAACCGUUGCAAGGACAUCUUCUCAAGUAUCCUUUGCAGGUAGAUGCUGAUGGGAAUGUAGGUCCCCUUCCCGGAUCUGAGAAUUUCCCAGAUGUUGGUGGCAAGGUGCUUGGAGCUCAUUCUGCAACACUUCCUGAUAUUAGUGAUGGUGCAGGACUAGUGCAUGUUGUGGACAAUGGAAAGUUGGAGGAUAAAGGUGCAAAUUGGGUUGUGUUGCAUCUAGUGGCUUCAUCUUCAUUUGAUGAGCCAUUCAUAAAACCCUUGGGUUACAAAACAAGUGGUUGGGUGGUGCAUCAUAAGUCUGACAUAUGGACAAAACCAUCAACGAAUAAGAAAAUGGUAGCGUGGAGAAUAUGGCUAAUGGCUGAGGUAUUCCUUGGAAAGAAAAUCAAGGAUGCUAUCGUCACUGUUCUUGCAUGCUUCAAUGAUACCCAAAGGCAAGCCACCAAGGAUGCUGGUGUCAUCGCUGGACCAAAUGAGGAUGGUGCAUCCAAUGCAGGAGGUCGGAUUCUUGGAGGCAGCAGUGCCAUCAAUGCUGGAUUUUAUGGCGAGCUGACCAAGUGUUCUUUCAGCAAUUGGUUUGGAUCGCGUGGUUGGCACAAGAUUGGCGAUCUAUUCAACCCUGACCGUGUCCUCAUUGGAAGGAGGGAAACCCCAGAAGGCCAGAAGGCAAUCCAAGCUUUGAACGAUGUAUAUGCUCAUUGGGUUCCUGAAGAUCGCAUCCUAACCACUAACCUCGCAUCCUAA